AACUUUGGCACGAAUCUUUGUCUACGGACUAAGAUAACAGAAAUGCCAUCUCAUCUAGUUUUCCAUUUUAUUAUCGUCUUCAACCAGCAUAUAUUUCAAACCAUCACUUUUCAUCAUCCUAUACAACUUCAGAUCCAAGGUUAUCAUCUAUUCGUUUGCAAUUCAAUCAACAUAAUACAUAAUAAUCACAUCUACACAUUCAUAUAUGCAACAACUAUAUCCAGUCUCCUCAUGAGCUGGAUAUAAAAAGAUGAGAUGUAAAUAGUAGAGAGUCAUCCUUCUACCCGAUGAUGAAGAGACUGCUCCAACAAUACAUACAUUUUAUAGUUUUUUUCUUUUGUUAAUAUGACAAGCUUUUCAGGACAAAAAUUAGUUACAGACCUGAUUUCACGACAUGGGUUUGUGGACUCUGCUUGAGGGAUGUCUGCUUAUUGCAAAUGCACUAGCAAUAUUAAACGAGGACCGUUUUCUUGCACCGAGAGGGUGGAGCUUCCAAGAGUACUCCGGGGUCAAGAGGAAUUCGCUCAAAGGACAAAUCAUCGGACUCAUUUAUGCAACACAGUACUUAAGAGUUCUUCUAAUGAUCCUUAACUCUCUUUGCAUUGUUGUAAAGCUUGUUUCGGGUUGAUUUGAUAUAACCCAAUUCCUCUUCACAUAACUUCUUUGUUUUUGGCUAUUUGGUUGGCAAUGCAAACCGAUUUUCAUCAACAGGCCGGAGUUUCUCAACUUUCGCCCGCCAAUAAUGAAAUCUGUUUGGUUCGUUCCUUUAGUAGUAGUAUUCAAUGUUCAUAUGUAGCAAAUUUGAUCCAUCUUCGUAUGUUUUCUUGUUCAAAAAUUAUAUUAAACUCUUUGUCUCAUCAUGUGAGAAGGUUUAUAAGAAGCAUAGUCAUGGAAUUAUACUUCC